AUAAAUACAAGAACACCUAAAGCCCCAGCCCAGCUCAAAGACAUAUUUAAAGGAUAGGAGACUACUGGUACGUUCCCUGAGGCAAGAUGACAAUUUGGAUUGGUUUUUGCUUCCUAUUCCUGAUUGCUUUGUCUGCAGAGAGGGGAUUAUCCACACAGGAGGAGACAGAAACCAGCUGUUGUACACAGCUGAAGAGCUUAGCACAAUGUGGGGGUGACAAGAUUGUUCUCCAGGGCCAGGCAGGGAUACCUGGAAUUCCAGGUGUGCCAGGAACAAAUGGACUUCCUGGAGCCAAGGGUGAGCCAGGACCUCAGGGCCCUCCAGGUGAAAAGGGCUCUGCUGGGAUACCUGGAAAAGCUGGACCAAAGGGAGACAAAGGAGACAAAGGAGACAAUGGGGAACCCUGCCGCUUAGAAGGCUGUCAGGAAGAGGGAAGAGCCAGAAAUUGCAAGGAGCUCCAUGAACAAGGAGAGACGCUCACUGGCUGGUACACCAUCUAUCCAAUCACAGGGAAAGCAAUGGUGGUUUUCUGUGACAUGGAAAUAGAUGGAGGGGGCUGGUUGGUCUUCCAGAAGCGUCAGGAUGGCUCUGUCAAUUUCUACCGUAACUGGGAAUCAUACAAAAAAGGAUUUGGGAGGCAAGGAACAGAAUUCUGGUUGGGCAAUGAUAAGAUCCAUCUUCUCACCAGCUCUGGAACACAGCAAUUGCGAAUUGAUGUGCAAGAUUUCAAUGGUUCCACAACCUUUGCAACAUAUUCCAGUUUCAGAAUCGAAAAUGAAAGUGAAAAUUAUAAGCUAAGUGUGGGCUCCUAUUUGGAUGGCAAUAUGGGAGAUUCUUUCUCAGGACAUAAUAGCCUGGCAUUCUCUACAAAAGACAAAGACAAUGAUACCCAUAAAACUGGAAGUUGUGCUGCAGUUUACAAGGGAGGUUGGUGGUAUGGUGCCUGCCACUCUUCCAACCUGAAUGGCCUGUAUCACAAAGGGGAACAUAGCUCUUAUGCUGAUGGCAUCAACUGGGCUGCUGGGAAGGGGCACCAUUAUUCUUACAAAUAUGUGGACAUGAAAAUUAGACCUCAAUAGAUGAAAUAUCAGUAUAUUCCGAAUUGUUCAACUCUGACUAAUGGCUAUCCAAACAACUGCAUAUGUAAUUAAAAAUACAAAUAAAUUUGGGGCGGGGGUGGUUGCCAUUGUUUGGGAAUUAAAGGUAUCUGAAAGGAAAAGGUUUGUUUGAGGAUGGAGGAUACCUAGCUGUCUCUUGCAUGAGAAUUUAGCAUCUUUAAUUUGGGAUGUUAUCCACCAUUAUCUUAUGGAAGGCCACUAGCCUAAUAAAUUUUGAUUGAACAUCUAGAAUUCUCACACUUUUAAAUGCAAAGCACUUAUUCUGAUUGCUGUAUCAUCCCUGUAUGUAUUGGGUAUUCCAGAAAGACCUUAAAACAUUGAUAUAACCUUUUAAUUAUAUGAAAUGUUUAGUACUCUUACAGUCUUCCCAUUGCUGAAGUUGUGGGAUGAGGCUGCCUCAUAUCACCAUAAAACUGAGAACCAAAGAAUACAUGGGCAUUAUUGAUCUACUAGAACUGAUGAACUGAUUGUGUGAGGCUUUGCAACCUGAGGAUGUCACUUUGAACUAAUUGGAAAGAAGGGAAAAUAUUGCAUGGAAGGAAAUGAACCUGGACAGAGUUUCUCCAAACAUAUAUAUCACCCAAGAGAGAUGCAUUUUAAUGGAAACAAUUAAACCAAUAAUCUGUGAACUUUUGGAAGGUUUUAUUUUUCUGCAUUGCAUCUUGGAAAGAGGAACACUAAAGGAAAUAUCCAUAAUUCUUCAAAAUAUGUAAAAUACAUGGAUCUUACUCUACUAAAAAGUAUCAGCCUGAUUCUCACAGUCUGAAAAUAGUGAACAGAUUUUCCCCCUUUACUGCUCUAUCCCCAGAUAAUUUUAUGGACUCCACAGAAGCACACCAGUGAACCACGACAGGAUCCUACUGCAAUUAUUAGUACCUUUACCUCAACAUUGCUUUGCAUGGUUCAGGGAGGGGAGGGAGACUUUAAGAGGAUGUUGAAGCCAAAUUCCCAGCAGUUCUAGCCCUGUGACCAAUUCAAACACGAGUUGAUACAAGUUCAGAAUCCCUGCCAUUUGCACUAUAUUUUAUUAAGGCACAUCUACACAUUGAUAUCAAAGUAAUGGGACGGGGAGUAAUUCAUUUGUGAACCUAGAAUGUACAUCUUAUUACAUCAUUUGAAAAUAAAUGGCUACUGAGAAAUCC